AUGGGCUCCAUGCUGAGUGAGACACAGGGAGCUAUGGAGGAGGCGGCGGCUAAAGCCUGGGGCUCAAAGUACCGCAGAUCAACAGCACAGACAGCCAACAUGGACGGUGGCUGGACAGAGUGGAGCAAAUGGUCGCCGUGUGGGGCAGACUGCUCCAUGUGGAGGACCAGAGAGUGCACACAGCCGACACCUGGCACCGGGGGCAAAGACUGUCAGGGCCUCGACAUCCAGAGCCUCAACUGCACCAGCGAGCAGUGCCCUCAGACCGUGAGUGGAGCUGAGGAUGUGGCGCUGUACGUGGGCAUGGUGGCCAUCGCCCUGUGUCUGACGCUGCUCCUUAUCGUGGUGGUGCUUGUGUACCGCCGAAAAAAGGAGGGCCUUGAUGCCGACGUGGCCGACUCGUCGAUUCUCACCACUGGCUUCCAGCCGAUGGGCAUCAAGCCCAGCAAGCCAGGUGUGUGGGCCCCGCGGCCCCGCAGACUCCCCCACUGCAAAAACUCCCAUUUGCUCACCAUCCAGCCUGAUCUAACCACAACAACAACAAGUUAUCAAGGCACUCUGCGAUCCCGACAUGAAGGAACAGGGAAAUUUUCAAUGUCUAACGGGCCUCUCUUGGACCCACUACCAAACGGGUCACACACGCUGCACAAUGGGAAGCUAAACCCGGACCACACUGAGUUUGUGAGUCGCCUGACCACUCAGACCUACUUUAAAACACUCCCUCGGGACAUCGCCAAUGCCUCGUACGGAACAUUUAACUUUCUGGGAGGACGACUGACCAUUCCCAACACAGGAAUCAGCCUGCUUAUUCCUCCCGAGGCCAUCCCCAGAGGCAAGAUCUAUGAGAUUUACCUCACCGUGCAGAGGAGGGAAGAUUUAAGGUUGCCCCUGGCCGGCUGCCAGACUCUGCUCAGCCCGGUGGUGAGUUGUGGUCCUUCAGGGGUGGUCCUCAGUCGCCCUGUGAUCCUCAGCAUGGACCACUGCUCUGACGCUUGUCUGGACAACUGGGCUGUGCGACUCAAGAAGCAGAGCUAUGAUGGCGCCUGGGAGGACGUCCUGCUGAUGGGAGAGGAGCCGGUGGCAGAGCCCUAUUACUGCCAGCUGGAGGCGGAGACGUGCCGGCUGUUUGCAGAGCAGCUGGGCACCUUCGCCCUGGUGGGAGAGUCGCUCCACAUGGGGGCUGCCAAGCGUCUGCGCCUGGUGCUCUUCUCAGACGCCUACUGCUCCACGCUGGAGUACAACAUCCGGGUGUACUGCAUGGACGACACGCAGGAUGUGUUCAAGGAGGUGAUGGAGAUGGAACGACAGCUCGGUGGCCGCCUGAUAGACGAACCUCACGUCUUGCUCUUUAAAGACAGCUACCACAACCUCCGCCUCUCCAUCCAUGACAUGCCACAGGCGCACUGGAGGAGCAAGCUGCUGGCCGGAUACCAGGAAAUCCCCUUCUACCACAUCUGGAACGGGUCCCAGCGGUACCUGCACUGCACGUUUUCUCUGGAGCGCCUCAGCCUCAGCACCUGUGAGCUCACCUGCCAGCUGUGCGUGUGGCAGGUGGAGGGGGAGGGCCAGACGUUCAGCCUCCACUUCAACAUCGCCAAGGACACCCGGGCCUUGGACUCUGAGUUCAUGCUCAUGGACAGUAGCAGCACAGCCCUGGCCGGUCCCAGCGCCUUUCAGAUCCCGUACCUCAUCAGACAGAAGAUCUGCAGCAGCCUCGACGCUCCCUGCCCCAACGGAGCCGACUGGAGAAUGCUGGCCCAGAGACUUAAACUGGAGAGACACAUGAGUUUUUUUGCAUCCAAAGCAAGCCCCACCUCAGUGAUACUGGACCUUUGGGAGACGCAGCAUUUCCACAGCGGCAACAUCAACCAGCUGGCCACCGUCAUGGCGGACAUCGGCAAACAGGAAGCCAUGAUAUUCCUGGUCUCAGACGGAGAGUGCUAA